AUGACAGGCCCGGCGAACUAUUAUUAUGGAGUACAGACAUUCAUGUCUCAGGAACAUCAUCUAGAAAUGCGCGAGGAACUCGUAAAUGCAGACAUGCCAUUCCUCCCCAAUGAAAUAGAAGGAAGUCCAAUGAACGGAGUGAUUAUCCCAUACGAUUUAUAUGUAUCCUCGUACAUGAGCUUUUCUUCCCGGCAAAACGACGAUUUUGAAUGGUUAGAAAAAAAUCUGUUAUAUGACCCGAAAUCCAAUGAAAAUCGAGCAAAGUUGAUUAUUAUGAUUGGUAACAAUCUGAAAAAUACUGAUGAAGACGAUAAAAGUGAAGCACUGGAUGCAGCCAAAAAAAUUCGAGAAAAAGCUGGUAGCGCGCCAAUUUGUAUUGUUGAUCAGCCGGAUAAUCAAAAUCCAUACAUCGAUGCGAUAGGGAUGGUCAAAGUGUUAAUGUUUUACGGACCUGACGUAAAAGCAUCGACUUUUUUAGUAGAAAAAAAUGAUACCAGCGAUAUUUUGAAAACAAAGUUUGAGGACUGGAAGAAGGAAUUGCUCUUUCUUAACAGUCAUCAAGUAAUAGCCUUUCAUUUUACUGUGGUCAAUAGCACUGAACCGGAGGAUAGCGAAGAAAUAUUCAGUAAUACAUUCCCAGACAUUCCGCUGAGUACGUUACGUUUACUUGAUGAAUCAUCAUUGACUGGAGUUGACUAUCAGAUUGAAACAAAGUCUGAUUUCUAUAUCGGUCCUGUGUAUGCAAUUGUUGGUUUUCGAAAAUUUGUUGAAGAAAAUCCAGUUACGGAAGAUCUCUCCGAGGAAAAUGAUUGA